AUGGCGCUGCGGGUGCUCAAGAGCACCGAGCCGGCCAAGCUCAAGGAAUUCGCGCAGGCUCUGCCCAGCGCGCCGGAGAUGAACUGCCAGACUUCCAGCAACGUCUCCAUGGCCAGCUACAGCGGCACGGACAUGCGGUGCCUCUUCAGCCUUCUGGAGGCGAACGACAUCAUUGACACCACUGUGGCAAUGGUGAACCUCAACCUCGCUCCUUGCAAGAUGAGCUUGACCCAGCCAGAGGUGGAGAUGAUGUCCCACCACCCCAGCACCUGGCAGCAUCUUGCAGAUGCUUUGAGUGAGGUCUCCGCUACGAAGACUGGCGCGCAGAGCAGACUGCAGGCGGCCUGCGCCUCGCUACGGGGCCUACUGACUCCUUCUCCUUCAGGCGCGUUGCUCGAGCUGGGCGGCUCCAUGACCCAGUCGCUGGAAAAGGGGCCAGACCUCAGCGAUUACUCGGAGUUCAGCAGUCGCGGCUUCUGCAAGGACAAGUAUGCCAAGCAGAUCCGGCCCGCCAUUCAGAAGAGGGUGCAGUUGAACGAGUGCAAGGAGUUCUGCGACUCGAAGCUGAGCUGCACAUCCUUCGCGAUCUACACUGGAGGCUGCUACAUCUACACGGGCGUGGUGCCGCGCUAUGCCUCCGGGCGCAGCUCGGUGCGCUGCUUCGUGAAGAAGUCGGCUGCGGCUACCAACGGGGUGGCCCUUCCGGCGCAGCCCACGCGGGUGGAUCGGCCAGCUCAUGGGCAUCGUCCUUCUCAUCACGAUCGUCCUUCUCAUCACGAUCGUCCUUCUCAUCACGAUCGUCCUUCUCCUCCGCCUUCGCCGCAUCAUCCACCGGCUCGACCAAACAUCCGUCGGCCGAACCCCUACGCAGACCUCGAUGACGCGCCCACUGUGCCUGGCGCCGGCAUCAAGCAUGGCUUCGACGACAGGGAUGCGGCCGCGGACGCGAUCCAGGAGGUGGCAGUGCCCGGCGGCACCAAUGUCAAGGUGGACACGCUAAUGGCCAAGCUGAACAAGCUGGUGGGGCUCUCCAAGGUGAAGGCUGGCAUGGGCGAGUUGCGCGCCAUGGUGGAGUUCGACCAAUGGCGCAAGACGAUGCUGCCGGAUUCCAAGAGUCUCAUGGGCCAGUCCUUCCACAUGCAGUUCCUGGGCAACCCAGGCACUGGAAAGACAGUGGUGGCACGUUUGGUGGGCGAGCUUCUGGUGGAGAUGGGAGUCAUCACGAAGGAGGGCGACGACGUGGUCUUUGAGGAGGUGGCGCGUGCUGAUCUGGUGGCCGAGUACAAGGGACAGACCGCACCGAAGGUCAUCUCCGCAGUUGAGAAGGCGAUCGGAGGAGUGCUGUUCAUCGAUGAGGCCUACUCCCUGAAGAAGGAGGGCAAGGACGCCUUUGGCCAAGAAGCGGUGGACACUUUGAUCAAGGAGAUCGAGGACAAGCGCGACAAGGUCAUCGCCAUCUUCGCAGGCUACGAGAAGGAGAUGGAGACCUUCUUCGAGGCGAACCCCGGCUUCAAGAGCCGAGUGCCCUUCAAGUUCUACUUCGACGACUACACCUGCAGCGAGCUGAGCCAGAUCGCUGGCAUCUUCAUGGAGGACAAGGGCUUCAGGGCCACCGACGGCGCGCAGCUCUGGGUGAACCGCACCGUGCGCUUCGCCACCGGCUGCUGCGACACCGGGGACUGCCAGGCGAAGCGUGACAGCGGCAACGGCCGCACUGUGCGAAACAUCCUGGAGGCAGCCUACCGAAACUUCGCCUCGCGCAUUGUGCCGCGCCUCUACUACAGCCGAGAGUUGCGACCGGUGCUGGACCGGGUGGAGCAGUUCGCGGUCAACAAGAAGGACUCCGCUCAGACAGGGUUGGUCACUGUCUCGGAACUGAAGCGCUAG